AUGGCAACUAUGUCAACACCUCGAAUCCUACCUGCACAUCUCCAUGCAUUCGCCCCUGGCAGUACAUCUUACAACACCGUCCGCAUGCUGGGAAUCAUUACGACAGUGAGUGGGGAGCAAGCGACACUCACCUGCGGAUCUGACGCGGUCACAAUCCUUCUGAAUAGAGAUUCUCACCUAUCCGUCGGUUCACUGUACGAGAUUGUGGGCAGGGUCGUCAAUAUCGAAGGUGGACAUGGCCUGGGUUUACGAGUCUUCAGCAGCAAAGAAUGGCCCAGGAACGAGAACGGACAACAGCCAGACAUCAAAUUGUUUGAAGCUGUUGUUGAUGCAACACAUCGGUACAAAUCCAUCUUCUAUGGAGACAAUGAAGGCGGUAUGGAUGGAGGAUAUUGA